AUGGAUGAUAUUAAUGAAACAAGCUUUGUUGUUGAUGAAGUAUCAAAUGUAAUUAAAGAGAGUAUUGAAGUGACAAUCGGCUCACAAUCAUAUCAACAAGCAAAAAUAAAUACGUGGACAUCAAAUAUUGUUGAAGCCAUUCUAAAUUCGUUAACAAAAUUAAAUAAGCCAUUUAAAUAUAUUGUCU